AUGAACAUGCAAAUGUCUUCGCUGCAGCCAAUGGCCUCCAUGACCAUGUCGUCUGCAAUGUCAUCCAUGGCAUCUAUGACGAUGUCCAUGGGUUCGAUGGCCACUGGAAUGUCACACGGUGGCCACGACCAUGGCGGAAGUAUGGAAAUGGCAGGUAUGAACAUGUACUUGACCACUAAGUUCAAGGCAUACCCAGUAUUAUUUUCAUCUCUUUCGGCAAAGACCAAGGGUGAAGCCUUCGGUAUCUUUGUGCUCAUUUUUGUCGUUUGUUUCGUUUCCAAGGGCUUGGAGUUCUUGAAAAAUUACUUGGAGAUCCGUGUGUGGAACAACCCCAACUACAAGACUGAAACUACGAUCAUUGAACAGUGUGAAUGCGAUGAGAAGGAUAUGGAUGGUAGUCUUGAGGCUCAACCUGCUACUGCUCGUAGAGUGUCCCACCUUCCCCUUGUGAAGGCCUUGUUCAGAGACUUUAUCCGUCUCUUAUUGUGCUUUCUUCCAGAGCUUUUGUCUUGGGCCAUGAUGUUGGUGGCCAUGUCCUUCGUGUUGACUUACUUCUUCGCUGUCGUUUUGGGAAUGUCUUUUGGCCGUUUCUUCUUCGAGAAUUUGAGCAACCGUUUGAACCUUCGUCCUGGCGGAAACAACUUCCAAGGCCACCAUUAG